GCCGGCUUUCACGUGCCCACGGCUUCACAAUUCUGACCCUUCCUUUCUUGCUUGUGUUCUCUGUCUGCUCUUCGCAGGACAGUUUAACGAACAUGUAAUGGUUCGUGCGGCUCACGCAAAUCGAGAGGGCAGAGCUUAGCAGACUCAAUUACAUCUAUUUCUUCUUGUUUCCUCUCACGCUGGCGAGUGAAUACAGCACGAGGCGAGGCGAGACGGAGAACAGCACCGAGCGCCACAGGGAUGUAUACCAAACACAGACAGAAAAACGGACACAUUUCAUCCACACGAUAUGUGCUUGUAAUGCUAUCGGUUUUUCUCUUUAACGGUUUACUGGAAAUUGUAAGCGGAAAUCCUCGGGAGGAAGUGGAAGACAGAGGACAGAGAGUAGCGGCACACUGGAUCUCUCACAGAACAGCACAGCAAGAGGCUGAAACAGCAUUUAAGGACCAGUUCCCAGAGAGAGGGGAGAUUCUAGUCUCAGCCCAGGACUUGAAAUUGGUUCUACAAGUUGAACGAAAUCAGGAGCUCCUGGGUCAUGACUUCACUGAAACUCACUACGAGAAUGGCCUCCCUGUCACCCAAACCAGCAGUCACACUGAUCAUUGCUUCUAUCACGGGAGGGUCAGAGGUCAUGCUGAAUCUUGGGUCGCUCUGAGCACAUGUUUGGGAAUGAGAGGUUUGAUUGUCUUGAACUCAAAUGAUACAUACUACCUGGAGCCAAUCAGAGGCCAGGAGGUUCUCCACCACACUUUCUAUCGCACUGAAGACCUGCCGAUCAAAACUGGCACCUGUGGACACAGCCAUCAGACUGGACACAUCAGCCUGUUCAGUGGCCACCUUAAACCUUUGCAUCAAAGAGUUAGACGAAAUGCCUGGGGUACUACAAAAUACAUGGAACUCUAUAUAGUAGCUGACAACACACUGUACAGAAAGCAAAACAAGGACCUUUACAAAACUAAAAUGAGGAUAAUGGAAAUUGCUAAUUAUGUAGAUAAGUUCUACAGAGACUUGAACAUCCGUGUACCUCUGAUUGGUCUAGAGGUUUGGACUGAACAUGAUCAGUGCAUCAUCAAUGAGGAGCCAAAUUCAACUCUUUGGUCCUUCCUUCAGUGGAGACAGAAACUUAAAUCCCGCAAGAAACAUGACAAUGCCCAACUACUCACUGGUGUGAUUUUCAAGGGCACCACCAUUGGCAUGGCUCCGCUGGAGGGCAUGUGCAGUCAUGAGAACUCAGGAGGCAUCAAUGUGGAUCAUUCUGAAUUGCCCAUUGGGGCGGCUGCCACCAUGGCACAUGAGAUCGGUCAUAACAUUGGCAUGAGCCACGACCAUGAGGGCUGUUGCAUGGAGGCCACAGCGGAGCAGGGUGGAUGUGUCAUGGCGGCAGCUACAGGGCACCCCUUUCCAAAAGUUUUCAGCCGCUGUAGCAAAAAAGACUUGGACAACUACUUCCAGAAGGGAGGAGGAAUGUGCCUGUUCAACAUGCCCAACAUGAAGGAUCUGGUCGGUGGCAAGAGGUGUGGAAACGGCUUUGUAGAGGAAGGGGAGGAGUGUGACUGUGGAGAACCAGAGUUUGCCCACCAACUGCUCUCUUUUUCUUUCAUCAAAAUCCUUCAGUCUCCUUACCAUGCCCUCUGCCCACAGCUGAAGCAGGCCGGCACCAUGUGCCGUGGAGCAGCCGGUGCCUGUGAUCUGCCGGAAUACUGCACGGGAGGUUCUCCCUACUGCCCCUCUAAUGUUUACCUCCUGGACGGGUCAUCGUGUCAGCAUGGCCAUGCCUACUGCUAUAAUGGCAUGUGUCUGACCCAUGAACAGCAGUGCCUGCAGCUGUGGGGUUAUGGUGCGCAGCCGGCACAUGACGCCUGUUUUCAAGAUGUGAACGCGGCGGGGAAUGCCUUUGGAAACUGUGGCAAGGACAGUCAUGGCAACUACAUGAAGUGUGAGAAAAGUGAUGCCAAAUGUGGUAAGAUACAGUGCCACAGUGCUGCCAAGAAACCAAAGGGCACCAAUGCUGUGUCCAUAGACACCACCAUCCGUACAGAUGGCAUUGAGGUGAAGUGCCGGGGCACAUAUGUUUACAGCACCCAAGAUGGGCAGGGCGAUCUUCCAGACCCUGGACUGGUCAUGACGGGCACCAAGUGUGGAGAGGGGAAGGUGUGCAAAGAUCGACAAUGUCAGAAUGCCUCUUUUACUGAGUUACAAACCUGCAUCGCCCGUUGCCAUGGGCAUGGGGUGUGUAACAGUAAUGGGAACUGCCACUGUAAGCGUGGGUGGGCUCCCCCCUUCUGUGAGAAACCAGGACUCGGGGGAAGUGUGGACAGUGGACCUGUACAGUAUGACAGUCAGGUGGGAUUGGUUGUUGGGCUGCUCUUUGCUUUUCUAGUGCUUCUCCCUGCUGUACUUAUUGCCUUCUACUGCAUCAAGAUAAAAAGCUCCUACUACCACAAGUGGAGAACACAGAGAGAGAAGAGCAAAGCCAGCAGAAAUGAGGGCUCCGUUGAAAAGGGGAAGAAUGGACACCUAAACCCUGCUUUCCAUCUGAAGGUGGUGGGACCCUCCAACAGAAGUGUUAAUCUUAAGCUACCUCACACCAGCAAGGAGGUGCUUCCUCUGAGGCCAAACCCAGCCUCCAACAGUACUCAGCCAGUUAAUAUUGUCCGUCCUCUCCGGCCGGCUCCGUCGCCAUCCCUGAGCAACAUCAAAGGACCUCGACCUCCUCCGCCUAUCAGCAAGCCACCCAAAUCUGUAGCAUCACCCCAGAAGCUCAGUCCUCCCAAGAAGCCUCUACCCCUCAACCCUUCACGCUCACCACUGAAGGUAUCAGAACAACAGCCUCGACCCCCGUUCACACCCCCCCAGAGGCCUCUUCCUCUCAGCCCUGCUCGUGGAGCACAGCCCAAACCCUCUGGUGGGGGGCUCAUGGUGAUGAUGCCCCCUUCAGUCGGACUCAAGCCUGUGGGAAAGGUGACUGCUGUUCCCCCUUUAAAGGCAUUCCGACCUGUUUCAGGACCCAAACCAAUCAUAGUUCCAUCCACUUUCCGAAAAUGACGCUUGCAGGAUUAAUUUCUUAAAGACUUCAGCCAGCCUAUUUGCACUAAAUAAGGACCCUUGGCGACUGGUAUUAUAAUGAGCUGUCUCACAAGGGAUGGAAGAGCAUGGUGCUAGGGCCCUGGAUGAGGCCUCGCAAACCGGCGUUCAAAUACAGCCGGCACAGCAGAGAUGACGUGGUUUUGCAUGAAAAUAUGCAGACUGAGAAAGUUUUGGAUAGACUAUCACAUUGCCAAAACCUUGACUUUUUAUCACCUUGCCAUUUUUUUAUACUUAUUUGUUUUAAUACCAUGCCUCUGUCUUGUUUACAUUUUUUGUUUGACUGUCAUCUAUUUGUCAAGUGCCAAAGAUGUUGU